UGGUUCAUCCGCAGUUUGAAAGGAAGUACCGACUUCAACCUGCGGGGCCCCACCGGAGCCGCUGCCAGCCACCCGGGACUCCUCGCGCGCCGCGAGACUGUCGCCACAGUAACGGGUGACAGCCGCGCGACUCUCAAGAGGACCCGGCGGAGGCGCGCUCAGACGCGGGAGGGAGACGACAUUAUCAGCGGGUCCGAGGUUUGGGGGGGAAGUGAAACUCCUGCCGCACCUUUUCUCGGGGAUACAACUUUAAAGGAAGUGGCGGACUGACUCGGGGCGGCGUGUGUUAUUAGGCGUCAGCAGCGCGUGCGAGGGGGAACCAGUCGGCCGUUUAUGGAUGUUGGGAGAUACUUUUUCUACAGACCUGUUGGGUAAUGGGUCAGAAAGUUUACGUCUAAACAGGUGUUGUGAUUUUCCCCCUUUUUUCACGGAGGUCUACGCAGUCUUGGGCGUGUCAGUGCGCAGCCCUCCUGCGCUUCGUUUCUUUGGUCCGUGCCAUCCAUCUCGUCAUGGACUGCCCGCUGAGCGGGGCCAGUAAAGGGGCCUGUGCCCUCCUUCACUCGGAGCAGACCUCAUCACGUCACAGAUGCCGCUCGCUCGUCUUUGCCCCUCUAUGAGUAAUUGCCGAGGGAACAAUAAAGCCUAAAUUCCUCUUAGUUUGAACAAUAGAGCCAUGCAUCCGCUGCUGCCCCUCUGCGUCUUUUGGCUGCUGCCCUUGGCUUGGAUGCUGGAGAAAGACUCCCGCCUGGCUUACCCCCGCAGAUCUGUGCCCUACCAUAAGGACAAUUGCCACCGGUUUCAUGAGGAGGGAGUGUUCAACUAUUCCACCAUGCUGCUGAGGGAAGAUGUGGACCUGCUACUGCUGGGGGCCAGGGAGGCAGUGUAUGCUCUGGACCUCAAUGACAUCUCCAAGAAACUUGCUUCGGUCAAAUGGGAAGUGACCCAAAAGCAAAAAUAUGAGUGUAAAAACAAAGGAAAAGAUCCCGAGACCGAGUGCAAGAACUAUAUCAGGAUCCUGCAUCAGACUGCGGAUAAUAAGACGUAUGUGUGUGGAACCAAUGCUUUUGAUCCCGAGUGUGAUUACAUGUCCUACGCAGAUGGAAAGCUAACCCUCGAGAAGAAAAGAGAGGACGGCAAAGGGAAGUGUCCUUUUGAUCCUUUCCAGAGAUACGCGUCCAUCAUGGUUGAAAACAACCUGUACUCGGCCACUUCAAUAAACUUUCUGGGCUCUGAACCCGUCCUGAUGCGCAGCUCUCCCACCUCGGUACGCACCGAGUUCAAGAGCUCCUGGCUCCACGAGCCCAACUUUGUUUCCAUGGCCCAGAUGCCAGAGAGCUAUAUGAGCAAGGAGGGGGAUGACGACAAGGUCUACCUGUUCUUCAGUGAGACCGCUGUGGAGUGCGACUGUUACAACAAACUGGUGGUUUCCCGGGUGGCCCGUGUCUGUAAGGGCGAUCUUGGAGGUCAGAGGACCCUGCAGAAGAAAUGGACGUCCUUCCUGAAGGCCAGGAUUGACUGUCCGGGGCUGGAGUCUAAGCUGCCGUACCUAAUCCAGGACACCUACCGCCUGUGUGACCCUCUGCGGCAGUGGAAGGACUGUUUGUUCUACGCCAUCUUCAAGCCGCAGUCGGAAACGUCGGACCUGUCUGCAGUGUGUGCGUACCGCGUGUCUGACAUCAGCAGAGUGUUUGCGGAGGGGAAGUAUAAGACCUCGGUCCCCGUAGAAACCUCUUUUGAUAAGUGGGUGAUGUACAGCGGAGAUGUCCCCGUCCCUCGGCCCGGAGCUUGUAUAGACAAUGUGGCUCGUAAAGCAGGCAUAACUCAGACCCUGGACCUCCCAGACCGGACCCUUCAGUUUAUCAAAGAUAGGCCCCUCAUGGACCAAGCUAUCCAGCCAAUAGGAGGGAAGCCUCUUCUGAUACGAAGGGGAGCUACAUUCACUCGCAUCGUAGUCAACCAAGUGCAAGCGGCAGAUGGCGAGCAGUACAGUGUGAUGUUCAUAGGCACAGAGAGAGGCACAAUACUGAAAGCAGCAAAUCACGACGGAGAGAUGUUCAUCAUCGAGGAAGUGCAACUCUUCGAGCCUCCGGAGCCAAUCAAGAUUUUAAAAUUCUCCAACGUCACAGGUCAGCUGUACGCGGGCUCUGACUACGGAGCAGCACAGAUACCACUGGCCACCUGCAGGAGGUCCUCAUCUUGCAUGGACUGUGUCCUAGCCAGAGACCCAUACUGCGGCUGGGACACAGUGGAUAGGAAAUGCGUUUUCCUUUCUGAUUCACCAAGAGGACUAAUCCAAAGCGUGAAAGCUGGAGAUGCCUCUCUCUGCCCAGAUGCUGAUGUGAAGUCUAUGAAUCUGACCAUCUGGCCUCAAGGGAACCAGAAGCUUCAUUGCUCAUCACCCUCCAACUUGGCGAAAACCAGUUGGGAGCGGGAUGGCCGCCCUCUGACUCCGUCCACUCGCCUCCAGGUUUUGGAGGACGGACUGCUCAUCCUCAACGCCACCGACUCUGACGCCGGCUGGUACCGCUGCCUGUCUGUGGAGCACUCCAGAGCCACCAUGUACACGACCACCGUGGCAGAUUACUGGGUCAGCGUGGAUCCAGCUGGAUCCAAGGACACAAGGGCGACUAUUGUCGAGGCUCGGGUGGACGGCCCCUCUGUGGGCGGACUGCAGGCUGCAGUUGCGUUCCUGGUAGUUUCUCUCCUUGCCCUGUUGACUUGGAACUUUUACAAAGGCCACCUUCCGCUGCCCUGGACCUGCACAAAGAAGAAUGUAGAGCAGUACCCGGAGAGCCAUGGGCAGGUUGGUCUGGACACCUGCCAGGAAGCAGCCAGGUCGGCACCGGCGGAGGACAAGCCUCUGGUGGCCGGAGCGAACAACGGCCGCGACAACCACCUCCUCGAGGAGAACGACGUCCCGAACGCUCUCCUCCCGUCUCUCCAGUAUAUCGACGACGAGUCCGAAAUUUGAACGGGACAGGCAGCUUUACUCCCUUUUGUUUACCUCACCGCUUUUAAAAAAUGUCAAGCUGUUUCUGGGCAGAAUUUUUGGAUUUAGAAUUUUAGCUCUAAUGUUUGCGUGGAAAGCUCCAUGAAAGUUAAAUGUUAAACUGUUAACUCAAAUUGGAAAUGAGGAUUCCCCCAAACACACUCAAGUGUCCGUAAAGCUUCCUAAUAAUUAAGCCCCAUUAUUGAUAUGAUGUACCUAAAUGUAACAUGCUUGUGUAUGAUUUUCCCAGGGAGAUGGAAAAUAACUGAAAUUGAGCCAUUCAUUUCUAACCACUAGAUGUCAAGAUGUUGUUGUAUUAAACCUUUUCUACCUG